AUGUCCAGUAAUAGUUAUCUGUGGGUACUGCUCAUUGCGAUGAUCGAUGCAAAGCAAAAUUUUCAAUUGGUACUGGACAACCCUAUUGUAGAGAACUUGGCACCGGAGCUGGUUGAUGAGAUCGACUUUCGUGUUACUCAACUGAAUAAUCGCAGCUAUCUCAGCACCAAAUUGAGGUUAAAACAGAAAUCCAAGUUCCGAUUCAUAUUUGAUAAAGUGAACGUUAAGCACUCGGCACCAGAACUUGUUGAGGAGCUGCACUAUUCGAUGAUUCAAAUUAAUAAUCGCAGUUAUAUCAGUGGCAACUUAAUACUCAAACGUAAUAUUAGUAAAAUGGAUGUCAACUCGUGUAUGGACUUCUGGAAAACCGAUAAUAAAAAGGUGCGCCUGUACAACUUGCACACGGAUACGUGCUCCUUUUUAACAAUGGUACAUAAAAACCCGAUCAUGAGCACCUUCUCAAAGAGCUUGAAAAAGCAUACGACUGGGGACUUCCAGUGUCCAUUUAAGGCGAAACUAAAUUAUACGCUUACUAAUUGGUAUCUUGACGAACAGGAUUUUCCCAAUUAUGUGCCCGAAGGCACUUUUCAGACAAUCACGGAAUAUUUUAUAGAAAAAAGAAAGAUAUUUCGCAUAUUGACCACUGGCAGAGUAGUCUAUUAA